AACCUCCACAAAUCGUCCCCAAAAUCAGAGUUAGGGUUAGGGUUUAAGGCAUUCGUCCGACAAAGUAGAGGGGAAUCAGUCUGCGUUAACGACCCAUGGCAACGGCGACCACAAACGCUACUGGGACCGUCACAGAAAAGAGAAAGCCGGUCUUCAAGAAGGUCGAUAGCCUUAAACCAGGCACGACCGGCCAUACCUUGACCGUCAAGGUGGUCAGCUCCAAGACCGUGAAGGUCGGAAGCAAGGGUACCGGCCGGUCAUCGGCGAUGCUCAUGGGUCGCCCUACGCAACCUUCUCGGAUCGCUGAGUGCCUCGUCGGAGACGAGACUGGGACUAUCUUAUUUACGGCUCGGAAUGAACAAGUGGAUAUGAUGACGCCUGGGGUUACCAUCAUUCUACGUAAUGCAAAGAUUGACAUGUUCAAGGGGACUAUGAGGCUAGCAGUUGACAAAUGGGGACGUGUUGAAGUAACUGAACCAGCUGACUUUGAAGUGAAGGAGGACAAUAAUCUUUCCUUGGUGGAAUAUGAAUUAGUUAAUGUGGAUAACUGAUAUGUUAAUGUUUAGAGUGAGUGAACGGUAUAUUGUGGGAUUUGUGUUUCUUACGUUUAACGGUUAACUGGGGUUGCGAUUUUUAUAUAUGAUUACCCAAAUUUUGCUGAAGAUGUUUUCUUCAUCAUUAUGUGUUACUGCAAAAGGAGUCUUGUCUUCAGUGAUGAUUUUAUGAAUUGACAUAUAUCCAAUUUGUAGAGUGUUUUACUCAUUGAUUUUGCUUUUGAUAAGAAGCACAUGUUUAUCCUGUAAA